AUGGAUUCGGAGCUCACCCGGCCGUCGGAGCCCGACGAGUCGCAGUCGUCCAGGCUGUCCAGCGUCCAUGCCAGUGACAUGGAGCUUGGCAGCGGCAGCGAUAGCGACAACGACAGCUCUAAUGGCGGCACAUCUGAGGCCGCACCGCAGGUUGAGUGGCUCGCCACCGGUCGUCAGCGGCGCUCCACGGCCGGCAACCGCAUGAAGUCGAUGCUCGCCAACGAGGAGCCCGACUCGGAUCUCGAACUACUCUUCGCUGAAGACGAAAACGACCAAGGCUUCUCCGACGCCGGCGAGCACGCCUCAGACGUGCAGAUGGACUCCUCUUCGGACAAUGAUGACGACAACAACGAUGACGACCUCGAGGGCGAAAAGGAGCUCGACCGACAGGCCAAGGAGCGCCGCGCCGCACAACGGAAGCGCAAGGCGCAAGAGGCAAUUCCAGCCAAAUUCCGCAAAAAAGUGCGCAUCGACACGAGCGCCUCGACACCACGAUCCUCCGUCGCCCCUUCGACACCGCAGACGAUGAGCCACCAACCGCCGCCGAGGAAGAAGAAGAAGUCGGAGCGCGCGUCUUGGCUGCCCUCGCUCGCCGACAUGCCGACGCGCGCGUCGUCACGGCAGACGACUCGGCUCUCCAAGGAGCAGCUGCACACGCAGAUGGAGGCGCGCGAGGCCAAGCGGCUGAAGCAGUUGGCGCAGAUGCAGAAGAAGGCGGCGCGCCUCGAGGCGCUCAAGAAGCCGCCGAUGACGCAGGAGGACCGGCUGCGGGAGGCGGCGCUCGUCGAGGAGCGCAACGCCCGCAGCCUCAACCGCUGGGAGGAGGCGGAGCGGCAGCGCGAGGAGGAGCGGCGGGCGAAGCUGGCGGCGCUGCAGCAGCGUACGCUCCGCGGGCCGGUGCUGUCGUUCUGGAGCGGCGCGGGGCGUUUCGGGGAUGGCUGGCGCAAGGGCGAGGGCGUGCACGUCGCGGUGGAGGAGAAGCCGAAGAAGCCGAGGCGGGAGAGAGGAGCCGCCAAGGGAAAGAAGAAGGAUGACCCAAAGGAAGCUGUGAAGGAGGAGGCUGCUGUGGGUACAAAGCCCGCGACUCCUGAGGAUGCAAGCACAACAAAGCCGCAGUCUGCGGGCGAAGGCACAGUUGUGGAAGCAGGUCAGAAUGGCGAGGCGAAGAUGAGCGAAGCUUCAAAACAGGACACGGCCGCAGAUGAAGCACCAAAAGACACGAAUAAGGCUGAUGCACCGGACGCACAAGUUCAAGAACCUACGAAGUCUACUACACCAGCGGCAAUAACGACAGCCACGACGACUGAUAGGGUUGCGGACACCAAACCCACGCACGAUACAACAAACGAAGCUGCUGGGGACGUCUCAAUGACAGAUGUGCCAACAAGUACAGAAAAGACAGCAGUCAGCGGAGGGGAAACUCAAGACGUCACCGCAAAAUCUAAGACCUUAGAACCCAAUUCCUCAUCAGAAGCACAGCCCGCCCAAACGACAGAGGCUCCUCCGAAAGAUACCAAGGAACUGGCAUCAUCCACUCAGCCCAAGGAGGGGAUUUCUGAUUCAAAAGAUGCAAAGACCCAAGUGCCAGCUAGUGCAGCGGCAUCAGAGGCUAAUGCCCCUCCUGAACCAGCCCCGAAAGAUGCGCAAUCGCAAUCAAGCUCCAACCCAGAACAGGCCAAUGGUUCUCAUACCACUACAACCUCAAAAGCUCCUCCGACUACAGAGGGUGGUCUACCGCCUAAGGCAACCCAGGCGGCUGGGAACGAAUCACUGCCCACAAACAAGAUAUUCAGCCGACUUCAGUCUGAAGCGGCCACGCCACAACCAGAGCAAGCUCGCUCGCCACUGGACGGGCUCUACACGACUCGUGAUGCUAUUAUAUAUCAAAACUUUGAUGCAAACGCGAUCAAAGACAGGAGCAUACAAACGCAGGUUCUAUUCGGCCACAAGAUGAGCCGCUUACCAAAACCCACACCGGCGCCCAUGUGUCUUAUCACCAACAACCCCGCGCGGUAUCGCGACCCCAAGACGACCCUCCACUUCCACAGCGCCGCGGCGUUCAAAGAGCUCCAGCGCCUGCAGUCAGGCGAGUACCGCUGGAGCAGGCUGCUCGGCGCCUGGGCCGGCAGCGGCGCAUUCGCAGCGCGCGGCGUGCCGGAGCGGUUCCUCAAUCCGGCACGGUGCCCUACCCUGGAGGAGGCGCAGCGGAUCGAGCGCAAGCGGGAGGAGAGGGAAAAGGCCAAACUACAGCAGACAGAGGACGAGAAGAAGGCCAAGGAGGAGAAGAAAGCUGCUGCCGCGGAUACCAAGCAGGCGGCCAGCGGUGGCAGCGCUGCUGGACCGCCCGGUGAUGGUGGUGGUGCGCCAGCGACGGAGGAGGGCAAGCCCGUGGUCAGCGUCAAGACGGAAGAUGUCGCCGGCGCCAAGACUGAGGCGCCGUCCGUGGCUGAAUGA